AUGUCAGCUAUUGGCAGCAUGUCCGAAUCAGCGAAAACAGUUUUUCAGCCUUUACAUGAGUCAAUUCGCAACAAGCUCGAUCCCGAAUAUGUGAAACUGCAUGAUGACAUUCUACAGUACUGCCAACCCAGCGAGUCAGAGCCAUGGAGUGCAGAUAUUAGAUUUCGACCUAGUCUCGUCGGAUUUGCGAGCCCAAAAAUCGCCGAAAUUGGCAAUGUUGUGGACAUCAACGUUGAUGAAUAUCAAGUGCGAGUGUUUACUCCUGAGACCAAGGCGCCUGGCGGUGGAUGGCCAUGUUUUGUAUAUUAUCACGGGGGAGGCUGGGUGGUGGGUGGGUUGAACAGUGAAAAUGGAUUCCUUAGACACGUUUGUAAAUAUCUCAACUGCGUCGUCGUUUCAAUCAACUACCGCCAUGCGCCCGAACAUUGUUAUCCGGCGGCUAUCGACGACUCUUUUGCGGGAUUGAAAUGGGUGUUGGCACCGGAGACUGCGACGAGGUUGUCAAUCAAUACAUCAAAAAUAGCGGUUGGGGGACUUUCAGCGGGAGGCGGGUUGGCAGCAACCGUGUCGAUGAAGGCGGCCCUGGACGCUGGCAUUACGGAGCGGAUAGUCUGUCAAAUACUGAUCUGCCCGGUCAUUGAUAGCACAGCCACUGUCGACACUGCAUGGGCCACAUCGAAGCACUCUCCAUGGCUGACACCCUCACGCAUGACCUGGUAUCGAAAUAUGUACUUUCGCUCCGAGGACGAAAGACGGAACUGGGACGCCUCACCAUGUUUUGCACCGGAGGAAGCCCUGCAACAAAGUCCCAGCACAUUUCUUGCAAUUGCUGAAUGUGACUUGCUUGCACCAGAGGAUUUCCAAUAUGGACACGCACUACAGAAGCUAGGUGUUGACGUUGAUGCCCAAGUGUAUAGUGGAGCAACCCACUCCAUCCUGAUUCUAGCUGGCUUGCACAAGAUUGGUCAGAAAUUGAUCCACGAUGUUUGCUCUUCUCUGGCGAAAAAGUUCGACGUGCUAUAUGAUCGCGGUGUGGCGAUAUCGGCGGAUGCGGACCCUAAAUAA